AUGGCGGCAGAGCUGCAGGCUCUCGUUGCAGAGACGCGGCGCAAAUACCCAGACGUUAAGCAGGCAGCAGAACAACUGCUACAACAAUGGCAAACUGAUGCAGCUCGCACUACGACAGAGUUGCAAACAAGCAGAGAUCCUGCAACACAUGCACUAUUGCAAAUGAUCGUUCUAGCAUGUGAUACGCGCGCGCCGAAAGUGAUUCAAAUGAGUCUAUCGUUGCUGCAGCGCAGUAUUCCACCGCGUCUAUUUCCAGAUUCGGCCUUGCCCACGAUCGUCGAUACGCUGCACAAGCUGCUGUCGGCGCCAGGACGUGCCGAUGUUGAGGUUCAGCUCAAGAUUUUGCAGACUGUGUCGGUGUUGCUUGCGACGUAUGCGAGCGUAACAUCGACACUACUAUCACGCGCGCUAAUGCUGUGCUUUACGCUGUAUGAGCACUCGCGUGUUGCAGUCGUGAGCUCGACGGCUGCAGCCACUCUUCGGCAGGACAUUAUGAUGGUGUUUGACAAAGUACAUGAAGAAGAUCGGUUCUUUGACUCCAUUGCAACGGAAGAUGCAGCGGCCACAGCGCCACUGCCAGCGCAUACGGCCCAGCUGCCCAGUGGCCCCAUCACACUCUUCCCCUUUGCAGCAGAUGCAUACCAGCUGCUGAAUGAUUUGUGCGCUCUGGCCGACGGCCAAGCUGCAGAGUUCUUGCCGCUACAGACACUGUCGAAACCGUUUGUGCUGGAACUGCUAGAGAGCGUGCUAACGAGCCAGGCAGCUCUCCUUACACGUACACGACACCCAGAACUUGUCUACGUGCUGCGGAGCGCGGCAUGUCCGUUCCUGCUGAAGGCGCUCAGUGAGGCGCCCAGCUCGUUCUCUGUGUAUAUACGAAUUGUGCGUCUCGUGCGCCUUUUGUUGCUUGAGUUCAGCGAGGAAGUCAUUCUCGAAGUCGAGAUGCUUCUUCGUGCCUUACUGGACACGUGUGACGAGAAGCAUGCGUUAUGGCAGCGCGUCCUUGCAUGGGAGACGAUCGAUGCGCUUUGUGCGGACCGCAUUUUCAUCGAGCGUGUAUGGAACUCGUUUGAUGGGCGCACUGAUGUGCCACCAGAGACGUCGCAUAGGCCGGCAUCCUCGCCGAUGUCGGUAGAUGUGCCAUCGCCAACCUCGAUGCAAGCGCACUUACCUGCAUCUCCUUCGCCGCCACGCAUUUGCGUGCUGCAAAGCGUCGUAAAGCACGUGCAGCAGAACGCGCGCAAAGCUCGCACUGUGCUCCAGAUCGACGAUGCGCUCGCUGCGGCACUUGAGCAGCGACCUGAUGUGCCGCCAUCACCGAUGCGACGCAGUGUAAGCAAUACGUUCUAUGACGCAGCUGUAGCAGGCGUUCGCAGUGCGGCCGAAGGCCUUCUUUCUACCAAGGCCGAGGAGCCACUCGUCGGCACAAGUGUGCCGGCGAUUCCCCUGCUGGAUCAGCUCGACAAGACAGAAACGCCUUUGGUUGGCUCGCAGGCACUACCAACGACGUACCUGCCAUACCUUAUCCUGCAAGCGCUCGUGCAUGUAGCGCAUGCGCUUGCUGUCGUGCCCAUGCCCCAGCAAGCCGACAUGCUGUCGGCCUACAUGCGUGCGAUCAACGAGGGUCUCACCGUUUUCUUGACAGUGCAAGGGUCCGAUGCAUUCUUCGAGCAGACGCUGCAGGCACUAGCGCAUCUGGCGCAUGCUGCAGGCGUUGCUGCGUGCACGAAAGAGCGCGACUUGGUCCUGGCGACGCUGUGCGACAUUGCGGUGCCAAGCGCUGCAUACAGCGGCCAGGCAUUGGCGCCUCGCAACCUGGCAGCGCAGGCAGCUUUGGCCUAUGUGUGUGAGGCACUCGGCAGCCGACUCGACAUGCGUUGGCGCGCGCUGCUGCAGUGUGUGUGCCAAGCAUUGGUGUGCUUGCGCAAGAGCGACGAAUCGGCGCAGAUGCCGGCUGAAACGCCGUGGUUCGCUGAACACCUGAGGCUAAGCGUUGGCGCAAUGCACUGGCUCACCCCUGCCACACUCGACAGGUUGCCGUGCUUGCUGCGGGGCGUGUUUGUCUCAGCAGCAAAGCUGGAUGAUGCGGCCCUCGAUACAUUUGCAUGUGUGUAUGUGGACCUGGUGAUGGACCGCGUACAUGAAGCGCAUGUAUCGAAUGAGCUCGCGCAUGUGAUGCUCGUACAGGUCGAGCGGUUCGUGCGCGCCUCGGCAGCUCGCAUCGCUGCUCGCAUGCCCAGCGGACCAUGGCUUUCCGUCCAAAAGCUCCUGCGCCUCAUGAGCGACGAGAACGUCGAUGCCGUGCGACGUACGACCACUGCGCACAUUUGGGACGCAGCCAUGUACGCGAUAUGGAGUGUACUGCCGAUGGAAGCACACCAGCAGCAGCGAUGGGUGCUUGAGGCGCUUGCGCAGCAAGGCAUUCUCGACCGCCGUGUCCAAGCAGGCGACGUACACGUGCGCCACGCAGCCAUCAGCACGGUGUACAAAGUGCUGGAGACACAUGCGCAUGUGCUGCGCGACGGCUGGGAACACGUCUUUGACAUGUGUGAGGCAGCGGCGCAAGACGCCUCGGACAUUCGCGCAGCUGGCUUAUCGCCCGUACCGUGCUUGCGCUCGGCGUUUGCAUGCAUCCAGCUCGUGUGUACAUCGCAUCUGAACACGCUGAAGGAGGCGGACCUCUUGCGGUGCAUCAAUGCAUUGCCAAGCUUCAGUAGGCAAACCGAGGAUGUCGCCAUGGCGCUGAAGGCCAAUGGCACGCUGUGGGAUCUGACAGAGAGCAUUGAGCAGCGUGAUCGAACACAUACCCCUGAGCUAUGGCUCGUGCUCCUCACGCGUCUGCGCGACGUAGCGCAGGUGUCGAACGAGAAUGUGGCAGAGUGUGCACUGGCCAACCUGUUCCAAGUGCUGGUGCAAUACCACAAGUCGUUUGACUUGCAUGAAUGGCAGCGUGUGCUGAUGGAUGUGCUGCUGCCACUUGUAGAGGCUGAGCAAGUGCAGCCACGAGCGUUCCAGGGCACAGCGCGAGUCAUGGCAAUGGUGCCUGCGCUGCGAGCCGAUGUAGCAUGGCCCGCAAUGUGGACGCGUUGGCUCACAGCCGUCGAGCGGGCCGUUCGGGAACGGCAGGAUCAGCUAGAUGUUGUGCACGCGGCACUCGAGGCAUUGCAUGCGACCCUGCGUGUCCAAGAACAGCACGCGUGGUGGCACGACACAUGGCCCACAGUCGUACGCCUAUGUGAUGUACACGCAAGCAUCGACACUCUCCGAUCUCUGCUUCCUCGUGGAUAUGUUGCACAUGCUGUUUGUACAUCGUCCAUGCACGGACACGAAUGUUGA